AUGGAAGUGUCCACCCUCUCCAAAACUCUUAAGCCAACUCCCGGUCUCAAUCAAGAGUCUUUGGGCCCUAGGAUUAUCAUUGCCUUAUUUGAAAUUGGAUCACUUCCUCCUGUCUCCUGGUGUUUUCUCCCUUCCUCAAACAAUAGUGACCAUCAAGCAGCUGAACAACAGACUGCACAGAAGUUUGAAAAUCUCUUAAAAGAUAUUAAAGAUAUCAUUAAAAAUGUGACAAGUAAUGAAGAAAAGAUCACAGAAGUCAAAGAUUCUUUUGAGGAAAUCAGUAUUUCUGAGGAUGUGUCAGAACUUAAAGAAAAAAUCAGAGAACUUGAUAAGAUAAAUGAAGUGUUAUUGAACAACCUGCUUGAUUGCUCAGACCUAGAGAAAGAAGAGAAUGCUAAAAAACAGAUGAUAGUGGAAAACCAGAACUGUAAGGACACGGUACAAGUCUUUAGAAGUGAUUUGGUAAAUUGUUCAGAAGAAAACAGAGCCCUUGAUGAAACUCAGUUAAGUAAGGAAAAAGCAAAAUAUAGACUCCCUCGUGUUCAAGAAGAAAAUAUCAAACUUAGGAACAACAUGGAGCAGUUACUACAGGAAGCAGAACACUGGAAUGUGCAACAUGCUGAGCUCAGUGAACUAAUAAGAACAUAUCAGAAAUCUCAGAAAGAUAUACAAGAAACUCUUAAAAAUAAUGGAGCACAUUUCCAAACUCAAUCAAAUGAGAAGGUGUCAGCUCAGCAUGAACUGGAGGAACAAGUGAAAAAACUGGAACAUGACACAUAUUCAUUGCAUUUGAUUUCAGCUUUGCUGGAAAAUGAAUGUCAGAUCUUACAGCAGAGAAUAGAGCUUCUCAAGGAACUCCAUCAUCAGAAAGAGGGAACUCUGCAAGAGAAGCCAAUUCAGAAAAACGGUGAAAAGUACAGGAAAAAACAGAAGCUAUCAGCAGAGCAUAAGCCAAAAAUGCAAGAAAAAGAGGGUACAUUUCAGAAAAAAGACAAAUUCUACAGAGGCCUGGAUGCUGGUAGCAAGAAAGCGCUUAAUAACCACUUCAAUACUCAUAUUGCAAGAGGAGCUCCUGUGGAAAAAUCAUCCAGCAGCCUAACUUAG